GCAUACGCUAUGCAAUUCUUGAGGUCAGUCGUCCGUAUGUAUUCAUCACUCAGCCAACAUCUUAGCAAAUCCAGUGGAACCCACUGCUUGAUAGUAGCAACAUGGAAAUGGACGAUUGGAUCCGUAUAGCCGCCGAGAUCGAGCUGAACUACACUUCCUUUGACGCAUUCGUUGUACUACACGGCACCGAUACCAUGUCAUAUACUUCCAGCGCACUCAGCUUCCUGCUCGAGGAUCUCGGAAAAACUGUUAUCCUUACAGGAGCUCAAAUACCCCUCUCGCAACUUCGGAACGACGCUGUUGACAAUCUUCUUGGCGCACUGUCUAUUGCAGGUAAUUACAUCAUACCAGAAUGCAGUUUGUAUUUCAAUCAUACAUUGUACCGCGGCAAUAGAGUAUCUAAGGCCUCUUCCUAUGACCUCAAUGCCUUUCACAGCCCUAAUUUCCCCCCGCUUGUAAAUGUUGGAAUUGAUAUAGUCGUUAACUGGAUUGACGUCCUACGUCAGACUAGCCUUCGAAGAUUCAGAGCCUACAAAGAAAUGAGUCCCCAUGUCGCAACUCUCCGCCUCUUCCCGGGCAUGACAGGUGCCACUGCUCGCGCAUUCCUUGCCCCGCCAACACGUGGAAUCGUUCUAGAGACAUUCGGUGCCGGAAAUGCUUCUCAACGACCAGAUGUCCUGGCUGCAUUCAAGGAUGCAUGCGACGGAGGCGUCGUGAUCGUCGCUAUCUCUCAGUGUUUCAAAGGCUCUGUGUCAGGUGAUUACGAGACAGGACAAACACUAAUCCAAGUCGGUGUUGUCCCCGGCGGAGACAUGACCCCCGAGUGUGCUCUUACCAAGCUUAGCUACCUUCUGGCAAAACCCGAACUUACCGCAGCCGAAGUGCGCUCACUUAUAAGCCUUUCUUUAAGAGGCGAGCUCACGCCACCCAUGCCAUCUCUACCUGCGGCGCCGUCAUCAGAUGAUGUAAACACAGAUCUUUCGGGACUGCUUUCUCAGUUUGUUCGCCUCUCUUCGUCUGCACGGAAGACAGAUAUCCCUCAGAUUGUGAUUGGGGAAGAAGCGCAGGACGCUACAGCUCCAUGGAGUCGUACUGCUGCAGAACGCGCAAGCACGGAGGCCGCACUCUUACCGUUUCUUGUACAUCUUGCUGUCGCGCGGGAUGACAUCGAGGGACUUGAGUUCUGCCUUACCUCAGCAGGUACAACCUCGUGUUCCGGUGUGACUGAGGGAACGGCAGAGGUCGUCGUCCCAGGAGGUAUAGUAAAUUGUUUGGACCCAGGGAGCGGACGGAGUCCUUUACAUGUCGCCGCAUCAAAUGGGAAUAUAAGAUGUGUCGAGAAAUUACUAGAGAGUGGUGCUUUGGUGCAUCUCAGGGACGAAUUGGGACACACUGCCUUAUAUUAUGCUGCGCGUCAGGGCCAUGGUGACAUUGUCGAUACGCUUGUGAGCGCAGGCGCGAAUCUUGGGGGCAUGGAGAAUGAGGCAGGUUAUGUGGGGCUUGCGGUGCAGAAUGCUGUUCAUGCUGGAAAUGAAGCUACGGUGGACAUUUGGAGACGGGCUGGCGUGAAACUUGCGGAUUAGUUAUUAGUUGUCUCUGCAGCCUUGUGACCACGGCGAGUUUCAUACCGUUAGCGUUAUGUACAAAGUACAGUCGUGUAAUAUUGGAGAAAAUAAAUUUGAUGAUACCGCCACG